AUGGACCAUGAAAUACUAGUGAAAAAUGUACUUUCAACUGAAGUGCUUGAACAACUCUAUGAACUGGAGUUCAUAGAAGGCGAAUUGGAAGACAAUGUUGUCCAAGUGAAUACGAGACGUGACAGAUCUCAUUUGAAUGGGUUCUCGCUCCCAAAUGAACCCCAGAUACAGAAUGGCAAUGAUGAGGAUAAUCGGGACAAUGAAGUGCGUAUGGAUGAGUUUUGCUUUCAAUAUGCACAAGAAGAUGAUAACAGACCAUAUCCGCGUGUUACGUAUAUGAGUGAUGACAGGAAUGUAUUUCUCAUAGAAAUUAAACGAGGAAGUACUAUGAAGAAAUUCAUCUAUGUAUAUGGUUUAAUCGUUGAUGAAAACAGAAAGCUUAUUAAUCUAAGUGUUAGAUUCAGUAUGAAGAAUAAAAGUCUCCUGAAAGUACUUGAAGAACAAAACUGUCCUUUAAUUGAUUUAUCGAGCAAAUGGAACAAGGAAACUGAACUAUUUGCCUUUAAUCAUCCUGUAAUAUGGAAAUAUGCAGCUUCCAGAAACUUCGAAACUGAGAUCAUUGAGAAUGAUACAAAGCAGUAUCGACGAUUAGUCAGGUACCCACUGAGAAGGAAGGAUUACCAUCAGAUUAGAGGUGCCCUAGUCUAUACACAUUCCAAACACUCUUUUGUUGUUUACACUCCAAGCCAUAACGAACAAAGCAAAAAUCAUAUCAAUUUAAGUUGCGAGGAAAUCAAAGCUAGAAUAGAUAGAACCUUUCAAGAGAUUGACUUUACUAAUGCUGAUCUCCAAAGUCUUUUGACGGGAAUCGAUACAGACAAGAUUAAAGAAGGUGCCAGUAUUUACAAAUUGGCUCACGCAAGAGUGAUUUCCGACCCGAAUUCAACGGUAUUUAAAUCUCCUAAUGGGGAUAGUAUCUUUAAGGAUUAUGACGAGGAGAUGGUGGAUAUAUACUCCAAAUACUUCGGUCAGUUUUACAGCUUACUUUACUGUUUUGGAAGCUUUCCUUUCAUUUCAGUUACUUGUACCGAUGAAGGUAAACUGAUUAUAGUUGACCUCAUUCAAGCAAAAGAGGAAGACCGGGUUGAGAUAAUUAUUGAUCUAUUCAUGCAUUUUAAUUCAGAACACGGAGGCGCGUUUUUCAAAUCAUUAUUAUAUCCCUACUUGAGAAGGCUUUCAGAUGGAAAUUAUCCAGGCGUGUUGACCCUCUUAGUGAAGCUUGAAGCAAUCAUGAACUUUUAUAAAUAUUCGAUAUUUCUACAAUCAUCAAAUCUAGAAAUUAAGACAUUUUCAAAAGGGAAAUGGGAACAUGAUUAUAUGGGCUGGUAUUUCAUUGCUUCAUUUUAUUGUGGGUUACUAAAUGAACGUGCCAAAUGGGGAAUUGCUGUCGAGGAGAGUGGAAAACCGGGCCAGUGCUUAGUUAAUGGUCUUUUGGUUAAAAAAGAUGACAUCACUUCCACUUAUCUUAAAGCAGCAUCAUUUUACGAUCAGAAAUUCGAAGAGUUAUGCCGAAUCACAGAUUGCAAGGUUUUGAUGGACGAGAUAUUUGAUGAAUAUUUAAGUAGAUCAA